UUUAAAUUUAAAUUUCUAGUACUCCCGCCCGACACGCACACAAAAGCCGAACCAUCCGCUUACUGCAAGCCGAAAUUCAAAAAUAGCAGACUGCGCGCCAAAGGAACAGCUGGUUCGGUCUAUCGAUAGCGGUCCGAACAGACGUUGGCCAACACUGGCAACACCGAUAGCCAGGGACUAUCGAUAGCUGGGGCGAAGAAGGAGGAGGAGAAGCAGAGCAGAAAAACACAAAAACCAAUUGUGAAAAAGUGUAAAAUUCAAGGAAAAUUCUUGAGAGUUUUACCCCCCACGACCACCUGCCGAAAACUACCUUAUAACACUAGGUUUUUAGGUUUACAAGCGAGAUUUUUGCACCUGCUAACACGCACACAGAUAGAGCACUCACCCACACAAAAACCCAAAUCGUCAUUCCCUUUUUUUGCGAAAUCCAAGACGAAGGCCACAACAAAUGCAGAUUGGAGCUUGAUUGGUUUGCGAUUACUGCCGAGUCACACGGGAUCAGCAAACUAUAGCCUAUAUAGACUAUAGUUUUGUAUAAAAGCCAAAAAAGAGAAAGGCGAAAAGCAGCCAUGUCCGUGAGGACAAAGGUUCUGGGUCUGGUGGACGUGAUGAUGCGCGUUCCACCGGUGAUGGUCAUAGAUGAGAUCCUGAGGAUCGGAAUGGGUCUGCCCACGCGACUCUAUCCGGACAAGAGUCCCGGAAUACCCGCCAGUGAUAGCCCUCCAACGGAAUCCCCACCAGAAUCGGACCAAGACCCCUUCGCCAGUAUCAAGGAGUUCUUUGGCCUCGGCGGAGAUAGUAGUUCGCCAAUGACCACAUCCGCCGCGGGAACCGCUCAAUCUGCCCUGGAACAGACGAUCGAAAAUGCAUCCAGAUCGGCGCAGUCGCACGGAAUGCUCAGCUCCGGAUUCAACUCCCUGAUGGACGAACUAUCCCACGACGAAACGCUAGCGCAUGUGCUCAGCAUCACCACUGUCAAGUUCGUAAUCUGCCUGUUCGGUUUCCUAUCCGCCGCUUGCAUCUUUAUGCUAUGGACCCGUCACCUGGUGAUGGUCUACAUGUUCCUCACCUCGCUCGGCCUCACCUUCCUGUCCUACUGGUCCAAUGUAAGUGCCUUGGCGCUGAUGGAGCGGAGCCCCAGCAUACUGGAGGAUCUCAUGUCGCUGAACACCACGAGAUUGCUGGAUUCGGGCGGGGUGGUCAUGUCGCUGGCGCCGCAUCUGAUGGCCCAGUGGUUCAUGGGCAUGCUGUUCGCCUACAUCCACCUGGGUCCGAGGUUCGAGAUGCUCCAGAAAUGGAUGCCCAUCAUCUUCGCUAGUCCGAUUCUGGGGGCCAUGCUUCCACUGCCGCCCAAGAUGGUGCAGCACCUACCUGUUGUGGCCGGAUUCGCGCCCAUCAUCCUCACGAAGAUCACGCUGAUGCACAGCGCCAUGGAGGCCAGUCGAACGGUCUACAAUGGGUAUCAGUACGCCAUGAACUUUGUGUCCAACUUUGGACUGUCUGCGCUCAUCGAAAACGAAUGGCAGCGCCUGAAUGUGCCCAAUGUGCUAAGGGUUUUUUGGACCAUCAGGAUUAUUCAAGGCGGCUAUGCUUUGGCCACGACGGAAUCCGAGGAGCCACUGGAACUGAUGCCGGCUACGCAGAAGCUUCUCGUCGAUGGCUGUGAAACUCUGACGGCGGUUUUAGGAAUGACGGGGGUCAUCUCGAUGAUCUGCCACUACAUCGGACGCGGCUUCCAGUGGUACCUGCUGACCUACGACAACGACGAGGAGAAGUCACUGGGCACUGUCUCAGCAGUGCUUUUCUACAUCCUGGCCCUGCAGACGGGACUGACUUCCCUGUCGCCGGACAAACGCUUCAUUAGGUUGUGCCGGAAUCUGUGCCUGCUAAUGACCGCCCUGCUGCACUUCCUGCACAACAUAGUCUCGCCCAUUCUGAUGUCAUUGAGUGCGGCACGGAAUCCCUCGCGAAAACGCCAUGUGCGCGCCCUCACCGUCUGCGCCUUCCUCGUGGUGAUGCCCGUGUCCCUUCUCUACUACCUCUGGUCACAGCGAUCCAUCUCCACCUGGCUUUUGGCGGUUACUGCCUUCUCCGUCGAGGUGAUAGUCAAGGUGCUCGUCUCGCUGGCCACCUACACACUCUUCCUGCUGGACGCCAGACGCCAAUUCUUCUGGGAGAAGCUGGACGACUACCUGUACUAUGUGCGUGCUUUUGGAAACUCUGUGGAAUUCUGCUUUGGAAUCCUGCUUUUUAUCAACGGUGCUUGGAUCCUGAUCUUCGAAUCGGCCCAAAAUGCUACAGGCGGCGCCAUCAGAGCGAUUAUGAUGUGCAUCCAUGCCUACUUUAACAUAUGGUGCGAGGCCCGGGCGGGAUGGUCGGUGUUCAUGAAGCGGCGUUCGGCGGUCCACAAAAUAUCUGCCCUGCCAGAGGCAACUCCUGCUCAACUGCAGGCAUUCGACGAUGUCUGUGCCAUUUGCUAUCAGGAAAUGUAUUCGGCCAAGAUCACACGGUGUCGUCACUUCUUCCAUGGCGUCUGCCUACGCAAGUGGCUGUACGUCCAGGAUCGUUGCCCCUUGUGCCAUGAGAUCAUGAUGUACACGGACAAGGCGGAGGAGAACGCACAGGAAGUGGAGCCAGCGGCGGCUGCCCAAGCCGAACAGCCACUCCGUAUCUACCCGCGAGACGACGGAAACAACGCUGGUGCGCCGCGACGUUCCCCCGAGCGGGUUCCAGUCGAGAUGCCAGAGGUGGCCACCACUUCGUCCAAUGCAGCAGCGACGAUCGGGGCGGAAGCAGCAGCGGCCAUUGUGGAGUCAGCAGCGGCUGUUGGCGAGGCCAGGUCCCUGGGCAAUGUCUCCAGCAAUGCCACCCAGCGAAUGAGCGCCAGCGGGAGCAGUGAGAGCAGCUUUAUCACAGCAUCCGCCCAACCUCCUCCACCAACGGCCACUUCUGCAGCUGCUGUGGCCACGGCAGCGGCCAGCAAUACGACGCACAUGUUUCGGAUGACGCAGGACCAGCAGUAAUCGGAUCUGAUCGGAACGGGAGCGCUCGGCGUACCUUGUUUAUCUUCUUUAUCUUACCACUUGGAUAUGUUUUGUGUGUAGUGUACUUAUGUAAAAAUUGCAAAUCUUUGUAGCGAUCCAAGGCAUCUCUAUUCCUUUCAAGAGCAAUUUAUUCCUACCACACGACGACACACUUUCUAUCACACAAAACACACGACAAGACACCUUCGAUCCUCAUAGGCACAGACAUUUACGUAUAUAUAUAUAAAACACGCAGCCAUGCUUAAUUAAAUUAUAUACCAUGCAUAUAAUAGCGCGCUGAACGAUAAUGAGACGAUAAUUAAACCAGAGAUCUAUGUACGUUAAGUUUAUGGUAAAAA